AUCGGUGCCCUAUGUAAUUAGAGUAUUGUUUAAUCCUAUUACUCCUUACUCCUGAAGCUGCUGAAAAAGUUUCGGGUCUGUCUUUCUGUUAGUGUAACUUAUAUGCGAUUUUGCACAGAAAAGUAUAACAACUUCAACAUGCUUGAUAUUUUGGAGUAAUUUUUCAUGGGUAAUUUCUAUUAUUUAAUAUAAUAUUAAUAAUAAAUAUUUUAUUUAUUUAAUAAAAAGGGAAUAUCCCUUACCAUUAACAAAAAUAUUGCUGGUUCUACUUCUAUCCAGAAAGGUGGAAAGACGACGAGGGACUGGGUGUAAAUAGUUACGUCACUUUUUUAUACCCUUAAUUUUCCCUUUUAAGAGGAGAAAAAGAGAAGCAGCAGGAGGCGGGCACAAGCCGAACGUUAACCAAGAGAUGUCAGAGACGGACUUGGAGGGCACAGGUCUGAAUCUCGCUGUGAAUCGCCAUGGAAACUUAACAAGCGCUUCAAACGAUCAAGACCUUACUAACGUUCUUCACCAAAUCAAGUCGUCUAAAUCCCCUGCUGUUAUAAAUUAUGGGUCAACUUGGUGUCGGGUGUGUAACCAGAUCCUCCCUGCAUUCUGCCAGCUGAGCAACAAUUUUCCAAAGCUUUCUUUCAUAUAUGCAGACAUUGAUGAAUGCCCAGAAACAACCCAACACAUUCGCUACACACCCACAUUUCAUUUCUACCGCGAUGGUGAGAGGGUAGAUGAGAUGCUUGGCGCUGGAGAAGAGCGGCUUCAUGAUCGCCUGUGGUUGCACUCCUGAAGACCUUCAUCCUCUCCUCAAUUUGCCUUCUGUAAGGACUAUGCUUUGCAUGUAUACCUGGCUCAUAUUGCUGAUUAAAUAUUCUGCGUGUUAAA